AUCCUCAAGUCUGAUUUGGUAGUGUGUAGGGAUUUUUCAGUCAGAUCUGCUACUUAUCCCCCUUUGGAUCUCGCAUGUGGUAAUCCCCCGCAGCUAUUUUGAUGCAGAUGCCUUGUUGCGUUUGUUAGUGGUAUUGAAUCUCAUCUGUCUUGUGUGCUAUGUUAGGGAUUACCUUGUAGGUUUUAUUUGAUCUGUUUCAGUUAGUAGUUGGAAUUCUGGUGGUUGUCGUGGGCAGCUGCUAAUUUCGUAUAUGCUGGAUCGUGUUUCAGUGACUUUAGUGCCCUGCUCACCUUGGAUUCUCUAGUGUUUUUGUUUGUGGCUAUAGGUUAUAUAUCCCCUGGGUCGUUUGUUGAUGUAGGUUUAUAUGUAGUGUUUUUUGCGAUUUUGCUUGUAUAGCUAGUCAACAAGCUUAUGUUGUCGUAUGUAGUGUGUUUCGCUUGCAGACUUCAGCUCUGUUCUUUGUGUUUCUGUGAGACAGAAUGUCCUUUUCAUUUUCAGCUAUGUAAAUGUCUGAUUGCUCUACUAGAAAUCCCUGUUUUCUUAGUGGAUUUACAGUGUGUUUUCUUACUGUUUAACACUGUAAUUCUCAGUGGAUUUACAGUGUAAUUUCUUAGCAGAUUUACACUGUAAUUUUAAGUGAAUUUACACUGUAUUUUUUAGUGAAUUUACACUGUAAUUUUCAGUGGAUUUAUAUUGUAUGUUUAUUGGAUUUAUACUGUAAUUUGCAGUGGAUCUACACUGUAGUUCUUAGUGAAUUUACUCUGUAGUUUUUAGUUGAUCUUUCAUUGUAAUCCUAUAAGAAUUACACUAUAUCUCUUGAUUUUUACAGUGUAAUUCUUAGUGGAGUUACACUGUAAUCCUUAGUGUCUUUAUAGUGACUAUUAGUUUUUCUUGGAUUUACCUUGUAUUUGCACUGUUAACUCUUGAUUUUUACAGUGUAAUUUGCAGUGUAUUUACUCUGUAAUUCUUAGUGUAUUUUGGCUAGGGUCUAUUAGUGGGUUUUUACCCUUGUAAUCUGCAUUUGACUAGGGACUAUUAUGUGGAUUAUUCAUGUAUUAUCUUUAGUGGAUUUUAUAGUGUAAUUCUUAUUGGAUUUUAUAGUGUAAUUCUCAGUGGGCUUACAGACACUGUAAUAUUUCAGUGGAUUCUACCCUUAGUGAAUUUGACUAGGGCUGUUAGUUGGUUUUUACCCUUGUACUCUGCAGUUGAGUAGGGUCUAUUAUGUGGAUUUUUUGGUCUGAGCAUUUUUCAGGUUGCAAAAGUCUCUUGCUCUUGAAUCUACGAAGAAAGCAUCAAAUGAUUCGUCAGUUAGUAAAUCUGCUGGUAAUGUUUUGUCAAACGAGGGUACAAAGGAUGGUCCAAAUUUGGUUUCUUGUGUGUACUAUGUAGUAUCAGUGCUUAGUUUUUUUAGUUCAGUGUGAUCUUCAUAGUAAUUACAUUUAAAAGAUCAUAGUAAUUCUAAGUUCAAGUGGCAGUAAUUUGUUGUUUUAUACAGUUCCAAAGUUUCUAAUAUUCAAUCAUAGUUUCAUUUUGGAUUCUGAGCAGGAACAAAUUGGUUUCUCUAUAUAAUACACUGUAUUUUACACUGUAAUUCCAGUGGUCUAGCACUAGAAUUACAAUUUGCUUACACUGUAAUUCCAGUGGUCUAGCGAUGUAAUUUAAAAUGUAAUUACAAAGGAUUUUUCACCCUGGUCCACUACUGUGAUUUCUAUUGCUUACCACUGAAAUUUUAAUGGUCUAGUACUGUAAUUAUAGUUUGUCUGCCACUGUAAAUUCCUUAUAUGCCAGUGUAAUUUAGUUUGACAGGUUCUUUUUCUGCUCCUCUGUAACCAGUGUAAAAACACUUGUUAGAUUUUGCUAUUGUGUAUGAUCUGCUCAUCUGUGUAUGUUGUACUCCCUCUGUAAAGAAAUAUAAAGGCGUUUAGAUCACUACUUUAGUGAUCUAAACGCUCUUAUAUUUCAUUAUGGAGAGAGUAACAUUCAGUGCACUAGUGAAUGCUAGUUCUUAUUGCUUUUUCUGGUGAUCUCUGGAUUUUAAGUUUAUAACGAGAGUGCUCUGUGGAUUGUGAUCUGCUCUUUUGCUUUGGUAGCAACCUGUAGCUGCUCAAAGUAGAACAAUAUUUUUUGCAUUAGCUCCGAAUUUUUUUGCAGGAUUUCUUUCCCUGUCAUCUUAUAUGUAAAUUUCACAGUGAUAGUACCUUGUACAUCAUUUGCGCUUGAAGUAGUUGAGUAAAAGUGUAUGCCCGACUCUGUUAUUUUGUCAAGAAUCAAGUUAGAAAAGGAUAAUUGAAUAUGUUUGUUCAUUUUUUUCAGUUUCUAAUGCUACAAUAAAGUCAUACAUUAAGGAAAUCAGCUUGGUCAUGUUCGAGUUACAGCUCCUCCACUUUCAUGCUAGAUUCCAUUCCCUUUGAUCCCAUUGCAGGCACCUGUGCAUAUUAUUUAAAAAAAAGUAUAAGUAGUGAAUCGUUAUUGAAUAAACAAGAACUAUCUACAUUGUUUGUGCCAAUAGUAUUAGUGCGUAGCCUGAUAUUUUUCCAGUUUUUUUUAUCUGAUCAUUGUCCUAAUUCAUAUGUAAUGAUCAUUUUAGUUUCAGCGUGUACUCAUUCAAAAUUACAAGUAAAAGGUCAUAGCAUUUCGAGCUUCAAGUACAAAUAAAAGGUAUUUGUAUACAAUUCCAAAGUUUAUAAAAUUCUGUCAUAGAUUCAUUGCUUUUCUUCAGGAGUAAAUUUGUAAACUCAUCAUAGUUUCUGAUUAGUGUACAUUUCUUUGUGAGUGCAAAAGUAUCUGAAAAUAUAGUCAUAGCUUUCUGAAAAUACAUUAUUCCUAGACUUUUUUGUUCAAGCUUUUUUUUCCUAAAUGAUUUCAUAUCUUCCUGAACAUGCUCCCCUUAAUCCUUUUUUCUUUUGACCAUGUGUUGUAAAUGAAUUCAUAAACUUGCAAGUAGUUUCUCUGUUCCUGUCUCCCUAGACUACUUUGGUCUAGUAUUCUUCCUGGUUCUGGUGUUCUUUUUGUGACACAUAAGUACAGUUCCAGAGCUCAACUUUUGGUCCCUGCAGCAAGUAGUGAGGAUUUGAACUGUGCUAUAUUUUCUUACAGUUUUAGUAAGUUUUUUUUCAUGAUUAUCCUGCCUAUGAUCUUAGAUUUGGUUUGUAAAUCUGAUGUGUUUCUUCAGCUAUGUAAUGAUCCACACACUGUUGUUUCUUUCAGAUGUACACGUUCACGAGAGAGAUCUAUUUUACUCAUGCUAGAUGUAUGGCGAAUUCAAAAGAAGGGGAUGUUUACCUGUGAAUCCUUUGCUUCUUCAGCCAUGUUCUUCUUCAAGCUUGUGUCCCAGAACAUGGAGGAAACGUCAUCACUUCGUUGCUUUUCUGUCCGGGUUAGAGAAGGAGGGGGCGGACCCGUUAAGUUUCUGUUUGAUAUAUGUGGUUUGUUUAAACGAGUGAGACAGGAAAAGGUACAUACAGGGGACAAGGUACAGAAGGCAGUUGUGGCAUUACUAGUUAGCUGAAAAAUCCGGCUGAAACCCAAUUGGUUUUCAGCCGGAUGUUAAUUAGACAGUCCCUAGGUUUAUUAGUCCAGACCGACCGGUCACACCUAAUUUGGAAGGUGACAUGUGCCCAGUUGUAGCAAAAAAAAAAAGAGGCACGAAGAAGGUAGAAGGAAUGAGGCUAGCAAUGAAAACAUGCCACAAGAAAGUGAUACUCCCACUUAGCAUGAGCUUCAUUAUGAAUCAUAUCCUCCACCUAAGCCACUUUUGGAGUACGAGCCAAUCCCAGACCCUAUAAAAACGCAGCACCAACACCCAGCUCUUACCUCCUACCUAGUUCCCACUCCACACAGAGACCUCCCUGCUCUCAUCUCAUCCUCCUAUCCCACAGUGAACCAACGAGGAAAAUGCCGCGCCACCUGCUCCAGCAGUCCGUCGACCGCCUCGCCGCCUUGGCCGCGCCUCCGGCGGCCGCCAUGGCGCGCGGCGGGACGAGCGUGCACACGGACACGCUGCUCAUCCUGGCGGCGGUGCUCUGCUUCCUGCUCUGCGUGGUCGGGCUGGCCAUGGUGGCCCGGUGCUCCCGCCUGUGCAACCCCUCCGCCUUCUCCGUCGACGCGCCGGGGGCAGUCGCGGCGCCGUGCAAGGGGAUCAAGAAGAAGGCGCUGCAAGCGCUGCCCACGGUGUCCUGGCGGCCAGAGCAGAGGAACGAGGAGGAGGGGGAGCGGCCGGAGUGCGCCAUCUGCCUGGCGGAGUUCGCGGGCGGCGACGAGGCGCGCGUGCUCCCGACGUGCGGCCACGGCUUCCACGCCGCCUGCGUCGACGUCUGGCUCCUGUCCAACUCCACCUGCCCCUCCUGCCGCCGCGCCCUCGUUGUCGCGGCCGCUCAAUCGCCGGCGGUCACCGAGUCUCCCCCUCCUCAAACGUGCUGUGAGCGCGCUGACGCCGUCGCGGCUGCACAGGCCUCGGUCGUAUGGUAGUAUGCAGUAUGCUCGCAACGUACAUGCAUAUACGACAUACGCACGUAUAUGGUCGCUCACGUACACACGUAGAAAAUGCAAACUGUACAGCGUGCGACGAUGCAUCAGUUGGUUAGUGUCUGUAACAUGUUCGUCGAUGUGUAAAUACUUGUACAUCAACUCCAGUUAAUUUAGAGGGGGUUUACGAUCU